UAAAUCUUGACUGUUUCCCGGUGUCCGAGUGCCGGUCGUUCGGCCUUGAACACGACCGCGCCACGAUUAAAUAAGUCUGUACUGCGCUAUAAUAAAUCAUAUUAUACAGUAGACCGUCAGACUGACAGUAAAUGUUGUAGUCGGUAGCCACCACAAUAAUUUAUUGUUGCACACUGCCUUGCACAUUCAACCGGCAAAAUAACCAAAAGCUCAGGUGAACUUCUCCAACAACAAAAACAACUACGGCUGCAGUUUUUUUUUGUUCGUCACAACGUUUACUUCAGUUCGAUUGUCGUUGUAUCUACACCAGGCAAACAUGUUUCGGUUAAUGAACAAGAUUUCCGGGUCCACGGUGCCGGUGGUGCAAAAGUGUUUCUCCAACAUUGCCCCUAAACCGAUAAUCAACCCACCGAUUAAGUAUACAGAGUUAUUCAUUAAUAAUGAAUUUGUGAAAUCAUCAUCUGGAAAGACAUUUGAUACACUGAAUCCGGCUACUGGUGAACCAAUUGCUCAAGUUCAAGAAGGGGAUGCUGUGGACAUCAACAAUGCAGUUGCUGCUGCACAAGAAGCAUUUAAGUUGGGCAGCCCUUGGCGCACAAUGGAUGCUUCAAAGCGUGGUAUGCUUCUCAACAAAUUAGCAGAUUUAAUCCAACGAGAUGCUGUUUAUUUAGCUACCUUGGAGGCAUUAGACAAUGGCAAACCUUAUAGCGUUGCAUUGUCAGACGAUAUACCUGGAACUGCUGGUGUAUUACGGUACUAUGCUGGUUGGGCAGAUAAAAAUCACGGUAAAGUUACCCCAAUUGACGGUAAUUAUUUUGCAUAUACCCGACAUGAAGCAGUUGGUGUAUGUGGUCAAAUUAUCCCUUGGAAUUUCCCAUUGUUGAUGUUGUCUUGGAAAAUUGGACCAGCUUUGGCCAUGGGAAAUGUUGUUGUUCUAAAGCCGGCUGAACAGACUCCUCUUACUGCUUUAUACAUUGCUAGUCUUGUGAAAGAAGCAGGAUUUCCACCCGGAGUUGUUAAUAUUGUUCCUGGUUAUGGUCCAACUGCUGGAAAAGCGAUUGUUGAUCACCUUGGCGUAGAUAAAGUUGCAUUUACCGGUUCGACUGAGGUUGGCCAAAUCAUAGCUGAAGGUGCUGCUAAAAGCAAUCUCAAGAGAGUGACAUUGGAACUAGGUGGGAAAUCUCCAAAUGUAGUUUUCAGUGAUUCUGACAUUAAUCAAGCUGUGGAAGGUGCUCAUUAUGGGCUUUUCUAUAAUAUGGGACAAUGCUGUUGUGCUGGUUCUCGGACAUAUGUUCAAGAUUCUAUUUAUGAUGAGUUUGUCGAGAAAAGUGCAAAAAGAGCAGAAAAACGUAUUGUAGGAGAUCAAUUUGAUCCCAAAACACACCAAGGACCACAGGUUGAUGAAGAACAAUUAAAAAAAAUUCUUAGCAUGAUUGACAGUGGAAAGAAACAAGGAGCUACACUUGUCACUGGUGGUUCACGAGUUGGAGAUAAGGGUUAUUUCAUACAGCCAACUGUAUUUUCUGACGUUAAAGAUGACAUGAAAAUAGCAAAAGAAGAAAUUUUUGGCCCUGUUCAACAAAUAUUAAAGUUCAGCGAUUUUGACGAAGUAAUCAGUCGAUCCAACAACUCUGAUUAUGGCUUGGCAGCAGCAGUGUUUUCAAAGAACAUAGACACAGUCAAUAAGGCUAUUCAGAGUUUUAGAGCUGGAACUGUUUGGGUUAAUUGUUACAAUGUAUUUGGAGUACAAGCCCCAUUUGGCGGUUUCAAAAUGUCUGGUCAUGGUAGAGAAAUGGCUGAAUAUGGUCUGCAACCAUAUACCGAAGUAAAAACAGUUAUCGUUGCUACACCAAAAAAAAACAAUUGAUUCAUUUUUUGCCAUGUUAAUUUUUUACAUUUUAUAUUUAUUAUUUUUAAAACUAAAAAUUAUUAAUCAGUGCCAUUUUUUAAAUUUUAUUGUUUCAAAAUAUUUUAAGCGGAGUUUACACACUGUGCCAUUAUUGAUUAUAUUAUAUAAUUACCACAAGUAAAAAAUAUAUAUUAAACUUUUUCAAUA